AUGCCAACGGUGGAAGAAAACGGGAAAGUUGUUCUGAAAGGUUUCUCUGGUUACAUGCUGGGCUUGCUUCAAAGUGGUCUGGGCUUCAAGUACGAGGUCCACAUGGACAAAGAUAACGAUUGGGGUACCAUUCAGCCUGAUGGUACAUGGCGUGGUCAAGUCGGUAUGGUUUCGCGGAAUGAGUGCGACCUGACGAUGGGUCCUAUGGUGCUGACGACGGAUCGCUGCAAUGCAAUGGACCCGAUGCCGAGCUAUUACUACGGACGCGCUGGCCAUAUUGCGGGUCGAAGGAGAUUGUACGAUUCUGACAUAUUUGGAUAUCUGCAGUGCUUCGCCUGGCAGAGACUCACUGCGACUGCUGUAGAUGAUGCUGCGGUUUCUGACUACGUUGACGUUGAUAAGGAUGAUGACGCGUGUGCAGCUAUGACUGAUGACGGUGUGAUUGCUGCUGUUACCUUCGAUCAUGUAUGGGUCGGUGUGUUCGUUAGCAUCCUCGUCACCAGCGGAGUGUUCACCAUAAUCAGCAAGAAGAAGAGAGGAGCGUUUCUGGGAAGAUACGUGGACCAGCUGUUCUAUCUGAGCGCGAUGUUCUUCUGGGAAGCGAAUACCGUUCCUUCUGCGCGUCGAGGGAACAAUCGGCUCCUGCUUGGAACAUGGUGGAUGGCAGUCAUACUGCUCGGUCUGGCGUUUACGGGUUUCAUGAAGGCCAGCAUGACAGUAAAGAAGGAACUUCCUAGGAUGGAAAGCGUAGAAGACUUGGCGAAGAACCCUAACAUCGUGCCACUCAUCACCAAGGGAAUGGCAUUUGACGUUUUCCUCAAGGAAAAUAAGAACCCUGCUUAUCAGGCCCUGUGGAAGAGAGUUGUGAAUCACAGAAGUAUAGUCCCACAAAAGGAAGUCUUCGUGCGGAAGGUCAUGGAAGAGGUUCUUGACGGCAAGAAGGCUAUUUUCUCUACCGUGGCUAUUUUCGUUUAUUGGACGCAGAAACUCUAUCAGGACACGCCUCCACAAGGAGAGUUCUACUUCGGACAAGUCAGAAUCGCGCGUGCCUACGGCUCUAUGUUCGUCAACAAAGGCCUUCCACAACAUGUUAAGAAGAUCAUCCAUACUAGACAACGUUGGAUAUUGGAAGGAGGCUUCGCGUACUUAUACAGCAAAAACGUUCUGGAAAAAGGACUGCAUGGUCAGGGGGCAACGUACGACCGCGUUCGUCCCCUGGGAAUCGACGACGUUUCUGGUCUCUUCGCCGUCUUGGCCAUUGGCGCAAUCGCAGCUUCGCUCGCUGCCAUCGGCGAGUGCCUUUACACGAGGCACACUACGACCCGCGUUCGUUGCAUGCAGCGACGCUGGAUGCACGAAUCCCGCAAGAAGGUAGAAGGACGUCGAACAGUUAUCAGCAUCGACGGAGCCAUGUGGGAACACGGUCUAAGGAGGGAGACUGUGUCUCCUCGGUAA